AGUGACCCUCGAGCGGAGUCGCUUGCGGCUAAAUCCGCCGCACGGACGUCGAGGAUUGUCGUCGCCCGAGCCGAGGGGCUUCGUCCCGCUCGUCUUUUUCGCCGCCGCCGCCGCCGUCGUUGUCGUUCCCAGCCGACAUGAAGCGGCAGGCCGCCAGGGAGGCGUCGUCCCCGCCUCAUCUUCCGUCGCCGCUGUCGUCCAGGACUGCGGCCAAGCGCCUCCGGGAGCGAGAACGGGACCGGGACCGAGAGAGCGGCCGCCGGGACGAGCUCCAUCCGCUGCUGCCUCCGCCGCCGCUGGCCCUGCUGCUGGCCGGGAGCCGCGGCGCCCACCGCCGGAGAAGCCGCAGCCGGGAGCGCGACAAGCCGGCGGCGGCGGCUGCCAGUCUGCGGCCCCCGGCUCGGGAUUACAAGACGCUGCUCAUCAGCAACGUGGGCCCGCAGGUCCCCGACGACGACCUGGAGGACGCGCUCUUCCACGAGUUCAAGCGCUUCGGCGACGUCAGCGUCAAACUGUCACACACGCCGGAACUGGGCCGCAUCGCCUACGUCAACUUCCGGCACGCCGAGGACGCCAAAGAGGCGCGCCACGCCAAGACCACGUCGCGGCUGCUGCUGGCGGAGCGGCUGCUCAAGAUCGAGCCGGUGUACGUGCGCAGGAGGAGCGUCACGCCGCCCGACGUCACCUACCUGGCCGUGCACGCUCACGCGGCCGCCUACCCGCCCUACCGCCAGAGGUCGCUGUCGCCGCCUGGCCCGUCGCUCACCCUGCGCGAGUUGCGCGCCCGCCACUACGCGCUGGAAAGCCUGAGCAGGGAGCGCCUGCUCGACUACUACGGGAUGCUGGACGAGAGGGGGCGCCCGUACGGCCUGGCGCCCGCGCCGCCGCCGCCCGACGACUUGAAGCCCGAGGACGACCAGCGCGCCACCAGCAACCUCUUCAUCGGCAACCUGGACGGCGGCGUCACGGAGGCCGAGCUCAGGCGCGGCUUCGACAAGUACGGCGCCAUCGAGGACGUGGUCAUCAAGAGGCCCGCACGGGGCCAGGGCGGCGCCUACGCCUUCGUCAAAUUUCAGAACCUGGACAUGGCCCACCGCGCCAAAGUAGCCAUGCAGGGGCGCCUGGUGGGCGGCCACCCCGUCAAAAUCGGCUACGGGAAAGCCAACCCCACCACGCGGCUGUGGGUGGGCGGCCUGGGACCCUCCAAUUCGCUGGCCACCCUGGCGCGAGAGUUCGACCGCUUCGGGAGCAUCCGGAACAUCGACUACGUCAAGGGCGACAGUUUCGCGUACGUCCAGUACGAAAGCUUGGAUGCGGCGCAGGCGGCGUGCACGCAGAUGAGGGGCUUCCCCCUGGGCGGGGCCGAGCGUCGCCUACGCGUGGACUUCGCCAAGAUGGAGGAAAGCGCCCCCCGACCCUUCGCGCCCGUGCAGCUCCUGCCCCACUACGACUUGCCGGGGGACGCCUACGGACGCCGCCGGAGUCUGGAGCGGGACGUCCGGGGCGCAGUCAGGGAGCGCGCUCCGUCCCCGCGCGACCUGGCCCCCAGCCCCCCGGGGGGCCCGGACAGGAGGGCGGGCGCCGCCGAGGCCUUUGGCAGGAGCGGCCGGGCGCGCAGCCGCAGUAGGGAGCGGUGGCCGAAGGAGCGCGAGGAGAGGCGGGGCAGGAGGCGGAGCCGCAGUCCCUCGGUGGAGCGGGAGAAAGCGCGGGGCCGAUUGCGGGCGUCCCCCGACGUCAGUCCCGAUCGGGCGCGCGUCCGGGCGCCCGACUCCACGACGGAGCCACGGGACCACAGCCCUGACGGCAAGGAGUCGGAGUCUCCGCCCGCUCGCCACCGUGGCAAACACACCGACGUCCAUCACCACCGCGGCGAGGCUGCCGCCGCUCGAGCCGCCGCGACGCCGCCCCUCCCCGCGGGCGCGCCCCCGGCGUGUCCCGGCUCGCUGUCGGAGUUCGCCGCGGCAUCGCUGACCAAGUCUUGGCGAGGCGUGUUCGCGCUGAAGAACAGCAGCUUCCCGGCCCAACUCUACCUGCUGGAGGGCGGCGCCCCCUUCUUCAGCGCCAUCAUGAGGCGCAACGGCGAGCUGCUAAAAAUCGCGCAGCGCCUCCGCAUGGACCAGAGCCGCCUGGACGAGGUGACCCGGCGAGUGAAGGCGGGUCGCCCCGACGGGUUCGCCGUGCUGCUGGCCCUCCAGGGGCCCGUCGACCGGCAAGCCGGCGCCCCCGGGGCGGCGGGGCUCCAGGUCCGCUUGCUGCGCCACCUGGUGGCCUACCUGCGCAACAAGGAGGCGGCGGGCGUGGUCAGCCUGCCCGGCGCCAAAGAGGGCGGCCCGGGCGCCAUGUUGUACGCUUUCCCUCCGGGAGAGUUCUCAUUGCAGUUCCUGCAGGCGGCCAGGAGGGCGGCGACGCCUCUGGGCGAGGAACACAUGGUGGUGGUGGUGGUUAACGACACUAAUUGACCUCAAGGUGGCGCCCUUUCUAAUCUGGCCCGUUUUGGCCUCUUCCCUCUUGACUAAUUAGCACGUUGGUGUGUUGUUUUAACACUACAAAAACUUCUUUGAACUUUUCAUACUCUUUUGCUUUCAAACGCAUUGGAACACAACCGAAAGUAGAAAUAUAAACAGUUGAAAAUGUUGUUUCCAUGGUAACCCUUUUAAAGGAAAAAUUCUCUGUAUUUUGUUCUUAAAUGUUGUCAUGUUAAAGCAAAGAACGUUAACUCUUCAUUGUCAUCCAUCCUUUUUUUGUUUUCUUAAUUGCACAGUGCAAACAUUGCAAUGCUCGCUACACGCUAGGAUACGUCCCACUUUGAAGCUUUAUCGAUGCUAAAAGCUCCCGCAUCCACGUCCUCAUAAUUUGGCGAUGCAGCUCUGCUGUGAGCAUGUUCAUCCUGGUGUCAGGGAACAGAAGUUGAGGUUUAGUGUUUCUAAUCGACUAAUAAUCAGGUUAACAGAUUGAGGUGUGCGUGUCUAAAGGCUAAAUUGAGUGAGAGGAAAAAUGAGUCCACAUGCUAACAAAUGCACGCACUUGUCUAGCGUUGGCAUCGCUCGGAUGAGCCGGCAAAUUCGGGGGGGAAUUUGGCUCGGGUUCCGAGAAGCUGGACGGAAACCGGAUGGCUGGAUGGGCUUGCUCGGCGUUCAACAUCGGCAUAACCUUCGGAAUAUUAAUCCGCUUGAUAACAAGCACCGUUGUAGCCGUGCAACAAUAAUAAUAAUCGGGAGGUGAUAGCAUUAGCAACGCUAGGCCCCAUUUGUUUGUUUAUUUUUGAAAUGCUUAUUUGGGAGCGAUGUACAAUCAGUGACGAAAAGACAAAAGAACGCCACACAAGAGCAACGUUUUCAAGCCACGAAAGAAACGUUUGCUUUUGCGGAAUUUCUGAUGGCCCGAAAAUAUUGAUGGACUUCAUUUUGGACAAUGCAAAAGUGUUUUUUGAAGCGUGCAUCUGCAAAUUUCUAUUUGCUCUCUCGCCAAUAACUUUGUCAAACUAAGAUAUGUGUCUCUAGUAGAUGAAGCAAAAGGAAAGAUGGAUAGAAAUCCAAAUCAAAUUCAUUUUUCAGUUCCAACGCAUAUCUUCAGGGGAUGCGUCGCAAAAGCAACCAUCAAUGACAGUAUAUUCAAUUACAACAUGAAUAUAUUUAUUUCAUUGGUGUCGGUUGGCACGGCGCACGACUGCCCCGCGGGUCUGAGGUUGCCGGUUCAAGUCUGACCUGGCGUGCGUUGCUUUUCUCGUUCUCUCUUUUAUUUGGGGCCUCUGAAUCCUUUGUAGCUGUGAAUGUGAUUGGCCGGCGACCAGUUCGUUUAUGUAUCAUGUCGGGAGGCCCUGACGUCACCGGAAGUGACGCCUUCAGGCUGAGGUCCGGUUGUGAACAUUGCUUGACUGUGUCAUUAGAAUCCGAUUUGAAAUGGCUGCAAACGUUGCGCAUGAGUUGAUCUUGGCAAGCGUCGAUGUCCAACAUGUGGGAAAUGAUCAAUAAUUAAUUUGACCAGCAGAGGUCACCACGUGACAGGAAAACGUUGCCCUUGGACGCGGCGGAGAGCUCCCUUGACUCCGCCCCUAAUCCACAGGCUUCAAGAUGGCGUCGGGCCAUCCGUUGCCCCCACUGAUCGAAAGAAAGAAAGAAAAACUGGAUGGCUAAUUGGCCACCAAGAGUCAAGUCGACCCGCCACUUUGGUGGCUGUGAGAAAACCUUCCACAGGCACAAAGACGGCGGCGCCGUGGAGACAGCGCACCCCGGGAUGGGACGCCUGGACGCACGUCGCCUAGAGACCGGCUCGGGGACACGCCGGCAGCGCCGCUCUCUGCCAUUUUACUUCAAGGCGAAGUCGUCAACUUGUUGUAUUUUUGGAACUUUUUGGAGAGUUUGGCAGUGUCGCUACUGAAGAAGUCAAACUGACCUUAAACGGCAACGUUGCGAAGCUCA